CCGGGGCCCCGCGGCGGCCGCUGCCCUGAGGCCGCGGGGGAUGGCAGAGGAGCCCCGGGGCGCCCAGCCGCCGGGCUCGCCCCGCCCCGCCGCGCCGCUGCCCAACGGGCCCCGCGGCGGCGGCGGCGGCGGCGGCAGCCCCGGCUCGGGCUCGGGCAGCAGCAGCCGCGAGGACUCGGCGGAACGAAGCCCCGCGCCCACCGCGCCCCGGGCCAGCAUCAUGAAGGAUGGCUCCCGGCAGCGGCUGCCACACAAGAAAAAGACGGUGUCCUUCAGCUCCAUGCCCAAUGACCGCAAGAUCAACAGCACGGCCGCCUGCAUCUCCCUCAUGCUGGAGGGCUGUGAGCUGAAGAAGGUGCGCUCCAACUCCCGCAUGUACAGCCGCUUCUUCGUGCUGGACGCUGACAUGCGCUCCGUGCGCUGGGAGCCAUCCAAGAAGGACUCAGAGAAGGCCAAGAUUGAGAUCAAGUCUGUCAAAGAGGUGCGUGUAGGCAAGAAGACACCUGUCCUGCGCAGCAAUGGCCUCUCUGACCAGUUCCCGGAUGAGUGUGCCUUCUCCAUCAUCUAUGGAGACAACUACGAGUCCCUGGACCUGGUGGCCAGUUCAGCCGACGUGGUGAGCGCCUGGGUGAUGGGGCUGCGGUACCUGGUGUCCUAUGGGAAACACAGCCCCGAGGCGCCUGGGACCGGCCACCCCAGCCUCCGGACCUCCUGGAUCUCCUCUGUCUUUGACCUCGCUGACCUGGAUAAGUCUGGUCGCAUCCCUGUGUCCCGGGCUGUGCAGCUGAUCAAAGCGCUCAACCCUGGCAUGAAGACCUCCACCAUUGAGCUGAAAUUCAAGGAGCUGCAGAAGGCCAGUGAGCGUCCUGGUGCAGAGGUGGCCUGCGACCUCUUCGUGGAGGCGUACUGUGAGCUCUGCACCCGCCCUGAGAUUUUCUUCCUGCUGGUCCAGUUCUCCAGCAACAAGGAAUACCUGGGUGUGAAGGACCUGCUGAUGUUCCUGGAGGUGGAGCAGGGCAUGGAGGGGGUCACAGAAGAGAAGUGCUUGGAGAUCGUCGGCAAGUAUGAGCCCUCCAAGGAGGGCCGGGAGAAGGGCUACCUGGCCAUCGAUGGCUUCACGCGCUACCUGCUCUCUGCUGACUGCUCCAUCUUCGACCCGCAGCACCGCAAGGUCUGCCAGGACAUGGCACAGCCCCUCUCCCACUACUACAUCAGCUCUGCCCACAGCGCCUGCCUGCUGGAGGACAACUUCUGGGGCCGCUCGGACAUCAGUGGCUACAUCAGUGCCCUGGGCCUGGGCUGCCGCAGCAUCGAACUGGUGCUGUGGGAUGGCCCCGAGGGCGAGCCUGUGGUCUACACCAGCCCCUCAGCUGCCUCCUGCGUGCCCUUCCGUGCCGUGGUGGGGCUGAUCGACCAACACGCCUUCACCGCCUCCGCCUACCCCCUCAUCCUCUGCCUGGUGGUGCGCUGCUCGGCCCCCCAGCAGCGCCUCGCUGCCCAGUGCCUGCGCAAGACACUGGGGGACAAGCUGUAUCUGGAGCCCCCCAACCCAGUGGCGUCCUACCUGCCCUCCCCAGAGCAGCUCAAGGGCCGCAUCCUCAUCAAGGGCAAGAAGCUGCCACCCAGCUGUGAGGACAGCGAGGGGGAGGUGUCGGAUGAGGAGGAAGGCUGGGAGCUGGCACGGCGGCUGGGCCAGGAGGACCGGGAGGCACCGGAGGGAGGUGGCCCGCGGCGGGUGCGCCUCAGCCGGGAGCUCUCAGAGCUGGUGAGCCUCUGCCAGGCUGUCCCCUUCCAGGACUUCGAGAGCUCACGGCGUGGGCAGCGCUACUGGGAGAUGUGCUCCUUCAGUGAGGUGGAAGCAGGACGCUUUGCCAACGAGUGCCCGGCUGAGCUGGUCAGCUACAACAAGCGGUUCCUCUCCCGCGUCUACCCCAGCCCCAUGCGCAUCGACGCCAGCAACAUGAACCCCCAGGACUUCUGGAAGUGUGGCUGCCAGAUGGUGGCUAUGAACUACCAGACACCGGGGCUCAUGAUGGACCUGAACGCGGGCUGGUUCCGGCAGAACGGGGCCUGUGGCUAUGUCCUCCGCCCAGCCAUCAUGCGGGAGGAGGUCUCCUACUUCAGUGCCAAUGCCAAGGACUCCCUGCCCGGGGUGCCCGCCCAGCUCCUGCACCUCAAGGUCAUCAGUGGGCAGAACCUGCCCAAGCCCAAGGGCUCAGGGGCCAAAGGGGAGGUGGUGGAGCCCUACGUCUGUGCCGAAAUCCAUGGCAUCCCAGCUGACUGUGCUGAGCACCGCACCAAGACAGCCCUGCAGAGCGGGGACAACCCCAUCUUUGAUGAGAGCCUGGAGUUCCAGAUCAACCUGCCCGAGCUGGCCGUCCUGCGCUUUGUCGUGCUGGACGAUGACUACAUUGGGGAUGAGUUCAUUGCCCAGUACACCAUUCCCUUUGAGUGCCUGCAGCCCGGCUACCGCCACGUCCCCCUCCAGUCGCUGGCUGGGGAGCCCCUGCCCCACGCCACCCUCUUCGUGCAUGUGGCCAUCACUGACCGCCGUGGCGGGGGCAAGGGGCAUCGCCGGGGGCUGGCGGGGCGCCGGGGCCGCCGAGUGCGGGAGUACACCUCCACCAAGGCCACCGGCAUCAAAGCCAUCGACGAGGUCUUCCGGACGGCCACGCAGCCGCUGCGGGAGGCCACUGACCUGCGGGAGAAUGUGCAGAAUGCACUGGUGUCCUUCAAGGAGCUGUGUGGGCUGACACCCGCCGCCAACAUGAAGCAGUGCAUCCUGACAGUGUCCACGUGGCUGCUGCACAGCGACAGCACACCCAGCGUCACCCUCAACCUGGCAGAGCAGUACCCCCCCAUGGAGGCCCAGGGCCCCAUCCCCGACCUGCUGCGCAAGGUCCUCACUGCCUACGAGACGAUGAUCCAGACCAGCCGGACGCUGAUCGAGUCUGCCGACGUGGUGUACGGGAAGCUCAUCCAGGCACAGCAGGCAGGGAUGGAUUUCCACAAGGAGCUGCACCGCAUCGAGACCAAGGAGGGGCUGCGGGGCCGCAAACUGCAGAAGGCGCUGGAGAGUUUUGCCUGGAACAUCACCGUCCUCAAGGGCCAGGCUGACCUCCUCAAGCACGCCAAGGCGGAGGCACUGGACAACCUGUGGCAGAUCCACAACGCAGGACAGUCCUGUGGCAUUGGCAGGAACGGCUCGGCCUCACCAGAGCUCUCCCGGCUGCGUGCCCCACUGGAGCCCAUCCCCGAGACUGAUGGAGGCGGUGACACAGCGUCCUGCUGACCCCGGCCUGGGGCUCAGGGGCCCAGACUGAGCAUCCCCAGCCACAGGAGCAGGAGUCCCAGCCUGCCCAUGGACAGGCAGCUGCUUGCAGGCUCAGGCUGCCUGGGGGGACACAUCUGGAGCCUGUGCUCUGCCGUGUUAAGGGGCUGCAUCACGGCUCAGUGGAGAGGUUGAGGAGGGAUGAUCCUACUCCUGCUUGCCUCCCCUGAGCUCCUAAGGGACUCAUCCAUCCCUCCCAUCUGCUUCCAGAGCCUGUACUCUGCUGCAGGGCUGGUGGGGAUGCUGGUACUCUGGUGCCCGUGUGCGUGUAGCCUGCUGUGCCAGAUUCUGCUUGGAAAAGCAGCCCCAGGUUUGGGCUCCUGCCUUCCCUCCCCAGGGCUGCAGGCUGUUGCCAGCCCUGGGGAAAAAAUCUGGCUGGCAGGAAGGGUCCUGGCUAGUCCUGUCACCUCUGUGACACCCCUGGGGCCCCCACUGUGCAGAGGGGCUGGGAGGCUAUGUGGUGCAGCAGCUGCGGGGCCAGAGUGCCAGUGGAUGUGGCUUCUGGCAUCAGGGAAAUGUUGGGAUUUGUCCCCCAGGGCAAGGGGGUCCCAGCACAAACAGAGGAAGGUGGUCUGGGGUUGGACUGGGGCUGUGGAGCAUUAUAAAGAGUGUAAGAACCUUCCUGGUGCCCUGUGGCUCCCUCUGUACCUGGCAUGGGGCCAGGGCAGGAUGGGGUCACCAAAAGGGAUGGAGGGUGGCACCGGGUAUGGGACCCUGAUGGCACCAUCCCUCCCUGACACCAUGGGGAGCACAGGAUGACGACUCCCCACGUCAGGGAGCUGUGCUGCUGCCAGCACCCCUUUGUUCAGGGGGAUAAUUAGCCUAAUGGGGCUCCGAGCAUCAGCCUGGAGCGCUGUGCUGCCGGUGCUGGUCAGUAUUGACCUCCAGCCCCUUUGUGCCAGCCUGGCCACAGGGCCUGUGGGCAAUUAGGGCCUCAUUAGUGCCUGGCACCCCAGCCACUGAGCACCUACACAAUGAGGAACUGCAAAUGAGGGGAAAGGCCUGGAUGGUCUCCGGGCUACCGGCCCCAGCGCACCCGUGUCUCCCAGAGACCGUCUGCUCCCGCUGCCCCAGCGGUAUUUUUGGCAGCACUAUUGUGUUGGGCCCUAUAAAGCGGCAGCAGCAGCACAGGGCACUGUGCUCUCAGCUGCCCAGUGGGACAUGCCCCAGAGCCACUCAGCUGCCUGAAGACCCCAGGAAGGAUGGAGGUGCCAAACACCAAGGUGGGGCUGGGGCACUGCAGCCCUGGGGGUAGAGGAGGGCAGUGAUGGGAGGGAGGUCAGGAUGUGGGACUGGGGGUACAGGAGGGCCUGGCCAGUUCCUUGGGAAACUCCAAGUGUGUGGCAAGUCCCCAGGGCUCCUCAGCUGCGGCCAGCAGCUGAUCAAGGAGCUUCUUAUGAGGGAUCUGAGUGCGCAAUGCCUGUGGCGUUGAGCUUGGGUACUCCCACUGCUCAUCCCGUGGCACUGGGCAGCAAGGGGAGGGUGUUUGCCAUGGCUGCUGUGUGCUGGAGCAGGGAAGGGGUGUGGUGAGGGCACCCACAUCUGGCUGCUGGUCAGAGCACAGCUGGAGGUGCUGGCCAUGCCCCAGGGCACCAAAGGGUGACACUCUGAGUGCACCUCAGGUGUGGGGCUGGGCCCCUGUGGCAGCGACUGGGCAGGGGGCAGUUGAGACAUCAGUGGGCAAGGUAGGACAGGGGGGCAGCCCUGGGGCUGUGCACUCUCCCCCUCUCUGCGCUGUCACUGCCCUGUACUAAUGCUGCCCAUUGCUUUGGCAGCUCCAGCGAGCUUCCUGCCUCCUGCUCCUGCUCCUUCUCUGCUCCCUGGCCUCUCCCCGGCAGAGCCUACCCGACUGCUGCCGGCAGAAGACCUGCUCCUGCCGUGUCUACGACCUCCUGCACGGCAUGGGCAACCACGCCGCUGGUAUCCUCACUCUGGGCAAGAGGAAGAGUGUCCCCCUGGCCUUCCAGAGCCGGCUCUACCGCCUGCUCCAUGGCUCCGGCAACCACGCCGCGGGCAUCCUCACCAUGGGCAAGCGCGGGGAGCACCCUGGCACUGCCUGCCAUGACACAUCAAGCUGCCCUGCAGGCGUGGACACCCAGCCAACGCCAGCACCGCAGGGUGCUGACACCAGCCCUGCCGGCCCCAGGGAGUGCCAGGGACACUCAGGGAAGGACCUGAGCUCGAGCCAGGCCCAGGGAGCGGCAAGGAGCUUUUACUGAGUGGGGUGGAGGCAGUGGGGGCAGAGAGGGGAUCCCUGGGGGGGAUGGAAUCCUGGGACACGCACCCGGAGCUCGGUGUAAAUAGCACUUUUAGAUACCUCCUCCCUGGCUCAGCCUGCCCAGGGCACCGCGGGCAUCGCGGCCUUUUACAAUAAACGGUAGCCUGAUGUCA